AAUAUCAAAAGAUAUGAGAAAACGGAUUUUCUAAAUAUUUUCUCAACCAUAUAAGAUGUCUGUUAGUGAUCUUGAAAUCGAUGUUGAUUAUGAUCUGAAUAAUUUAAUUGAAAGAUCAGCUUCAGCUCCAUCAUCUCCUAAUGAGAGAUCGUCUGUUCUUCGAGAAAUUGGAAAUGUUAGUGGUCUUGUUAAAGCAAGAAGAGUAACAUUCCCAGACGAUGAAACUAUAGUAACUGGCUAUUUUGAAGCCCCUGAUCCAUGGGGCGAAGAAUUCCCCGUAUCUACUGAUAAUAUAGUAGCAGCUUAUAGAGCAGCUUGUUGGAAACAGGGUGUAAAGCCUCUGCAAAAAGUAUUGCAGCAAUUGCAGACUGUUCAGAUGACUGAUGAUCUCGAUUUUGAGCUUAAUUUGAAAGGUGAAAAUUUAGAUGCUCAGCAUUGUGAAGCCCUAGAAGAAAUUUUUAAAAGACUCAAGUUUCAUUCAUUGUUGCUUGAGAACUCUAAUUUGGAUGAUGAGGGAGCUGCUGCUAUAUUUGAUAUGAUUGAAUAUUAUGAUACCACCUCCCAUUUAAACAUUUCAUGUAACAAAAAUAUUGGAAAUCAAGGUUGGCAGGCCUGCUCAAAAAUGCUGAAGAGAACACCAUGUUUACAGUACUUGGAUGCUUCUAAAACAUCUCAAAAUGAACAAAGCUUGUUGAUACUUGGUCGAGCAUUCCGCACUGGAUCUUUCCUCGUAACACUUCACUUAGAAAACUGCAACAUAUUUGGAAGACCUCUUGUUAUUUUAGUUGCUGCUUUAAAACUCAACAACACUCUGCUUGAAUUAUAUCUUGGGGAAAAUAAAAUAUGUUCAGCGGAUGGAUUGCAACUGGGAAAUUUGCUGAGAUCUAAUUCUACUUUAGAACUCCUUGAUCUCAGGACAAACAAUUUGCAGGACUUGGGUAUAUGUCAUUUGAUUGAUGGACUAUGUCAGCAAGCUGCCAACUGUGGAGAAUGUUUAAAAACCUUAAAUCUAUCAAAUAAUAAUUUAACACGCAAUGGAAUGGCACACAUAAAUCGAGCUUUGUUAGUCUCGGAAUCUCUUACAAACCUUGACCUAAGCAAUAAUAAUAUCUGUGAUGAAGGCAUCCAGCAGAUGAAACAAGGAUUGCUCACAAACCAGUCUUUGCAACAACUAAAUUUGGUCAAUACAAAGAUCACUUGUGAAGGAUCAGUAGCAUUGGCUGAAUUCAUCGCAGACAAUCAACAUAUUGCACAAAUUGAUCUAAGGGAAAAUGACAUUAAAUUAGCUGGACUUAUGGCUCUUUCUCUGUCCUUAAAACACAAUCAGAGUAUGAUAAAUCUAAAUGUAGACAAGACAAUCAAGACAGAAAUGGCAGAUGGAAUGAGUAGUGAAGCUAAACUCUUGGGAGAAAUUACAGAGUAUUGUAAAAGAAAUAAAAGUAGAAUAGACUCUGAGCAAAUUCAGGAUAAAGAUAUUAACUUUGUUGUCCAAAAUUCAAACAUUCCUGUGGUUCGUAAUGAAGCAGAAUUGACAGCUCUUAUUAAAGAACAUAAAGAUUCUUCUGGAGAUGGAUCUUCUUGUGACAUGAGUUCUCAUUCCUUAAGCAAAAUGAUUCCAAGUCAUACUUUCCCAAGUGAUCAAAAGUCUUCUCAUUCUCCAUCUAAUAGUCCAAGAAAUCGUUUCCAAGUACGCCGAGUCAUUUUAGAUUCUGAAAAUCCUACCAGUGUUUCUUCAGCACCUCCAAACAUAACUUCCAAAUCUGAAUCAACCAACCAGUCAGAAGAAUCUGUUUUUCUUCCAUCAUCUCCUAUUGAAAGUGGCUAUGAUAGUAAUUCUCCCUCACCAUUUAUGAAUAAGGAUGAUUCUAUAGAAGUUGAAGUAAAGAAAGCCUAUAUUCGACACCAAGAUUCAAUUGCUAUCCAUAAACAGCAUGCCCGAAGUUGCACUAACACUGCUGGUUAUGAAGAUCAACAAAUAUAUGAAGAAGAUGAUGCUGGAAAUAAUUCUGAAGUACAAAUAAGUGAUGCUGCUGUGAGUGAUGAUGUGAAUUCUAGUCAAAGUGAAAGUUCACAAUCAAACCUGAUGGCUCGUCGCUCAAGCGGAGGUAAAGUCAAAAAGCUUACCUUCUUAUUGCCUGAUGAUUAUAUAGAGAAUAUUAAUGGUAUCAAAACUAAUAGAAGAAUGAGUACACCUGCUGUCGCAUCUCAGAGGCUUUUACAACAAAAGCACAAGGCUUUGAACUUAAAACUUGGUAGACAGCUGGAAGGAUUAGACCUUAAAAGCUCUGUACCACUUUCCCCUACAAGGCUACGUGAAGGCUUAAUUUUCCCUGAACCAUUUGAAACCAAAAUUACUGUUGGAGAAGGUAGCUAAGAAAGCAGCUCCAGUCUUGGCAUCUCAGAGAUUGUGUAGUGUAAACAAUUAAUUGCAAAAGCUUGCCAAAUUUUCACUGUACUGGUAUAUACCUGCAUUUAUAUGUCAUUGAUGUUUUACUAAUCAUAAAGAAAAAUACCCAUCCUUUGUUUCAUCAUGUUUUCAUCAAAUGGUAAAAUUUGCUGUUUUAAGCUUUUGUUGUCUGUUAUUGUUAUUUUCAAAUUUAUUGCACUUAAUUUUAUUGUUUGUAUCUAAUUUGGUUUUUGAACUUGUUGUUUUUGUUAUAUAUAUUAUGUUUGAGAAAAUUGUACUCUAAUUUUUGUGAUGGUUAUUGAGAACAAAUGAUAUCUCAAUUUUUUUUUUAUCCUUCAUUUUUACUUUUUACUAAGGUCAAAUUCUUAUAUGAGAAUUUUUAAUUCUUAUUUGAGUAUCAGAAGAUUAAGAAUUUCUCCUCUUUUGAAUGUUUAUAAAUUAUCUUGGAUUUUUUUUGUUACAUAUUUGAUCCAAAGAAUUUCCAAUAAAUGUACAAAGAUAAAAUUCAUUUUAUCAAAGU